AUGUCAAAAAGUGAGGAGCCGAAGUCGGACGAAAUUGGAGAAAAACUAAACGUAGGUCACUGCAAAGCAAUGCACGUGCAAUGUGCAUGCAAAGCAACCACUCGUCCAUCUGCAAGCCGUCAGAAUCCCUACGUGCAGAUAACUGAGCGACCCGCACGAAGUGCACAUCCCAGUGCAUUGUAG